AUGGCCUCCGCAACAUCUUUGGUGAACGACCGAAAGUCGCUAUUCAUCGCAUUCGCCGCGCUGGCAGCUACAUCAGCGGCCUCGGUUCUCUGCACGCUCACGGUCCAGUCCUGGGACCGCCAACGAAAGCUGCGCGAGCUGAAGGAAUCAGCGGCGUACUUUGACGAGGGUUCGUUAAAUUCCAUCUCGGAGCACGAUGAAGACGGACAAGAGAAGGAGUAUGAUCCGGUGCUGAUCGACGAGCAACUUGCGCGAAACCGGGUCUUUUUCGGCGACGAAGGGCUGAGCAAGAUCCGCGACGCGUUUGUGAUUGUGGUUGGCUGUGGCGGGGUGGGAAGUUGGGCGGUGACGAUGCUGGUGCGGUCUGGGGUUGGUAAGGUGCGGAUCAUUGAUUUCGACCAGGUCACGCUUUCUUCGCUGAACCGGCAUGCGAGCGCGACGCUCGAAGACGUGGGGACUCCGAAAGUGGAGAGUUUGAAGCGGUAUCUGGCAAAGAUCGCGCCGUGGGUGAAGGUCGAGGCGAAAGUUGAUCUAUGGACGAAGGAGAGCGCGGGCGAACUGCUAGAAGGAAAGCCGACUAUCGUGGUGGACGCGAUCGACAACAUCGACACGAAAGUGGAUCUGCUGGAGUACUGCUACCGCAAUCAGAUCCCCGUGAUUUCAGCGAUGGGAGCAGGCUGCAAAGCCGACCCGACGCGAGUCCAGAUCGACGAUAUCUCAGGCUCGGCCGAGGACCCGCUCGCGCGAUCUACGCGGCGGAGACUACGGAUGAAGGGAAUCGUGACCGGGAUCACGGUCGUGUACUCUUCCGAAAAGCCAGCGCCGGAGAAAGCUUCGCUGCUGCCGCUCGACGAGGCGACGUUCAAGCAAGGCAAGGUCGAAGAGCUCGGCGUGCUGCAAGAUUUCCGCGCGCGGAUCCUGCCGGUUCUGGGGACGAUGCCGGCGAUUUUCGGGUUGACGGUGGCCACGCAUAUCUUGACGCACAUAGGCGGCUACCCGGUCGGCGAGUACAUUGCGACCAAGAACCGGAUCAAGACGUACGACACGGUGCUGCACCAGUUAUCAGGGCAGCGGAUGCGGACGGAAGGCGUGCAGGUUCUGCCGUUUGAUAUCGAGGAUGUGGGGUAUAUGAUUGAAGAAGUGUUUCGGGGCCGGUCAGUGAUUUCGCGCGAGAGCGGCGCGGGGAGGAUCGCGUUGUCGAAAUGGAGGGCGGAGGAGGGAUGGACGAUGCAGAAUGUGGUGUUGAUGACGAGGGAGGAGAUGAAGAAGCAUGAGCAGCGGGUGCUCAAGGGUGGGGAGAAGGUCGAGGAGGUGUAUCCGCAGUCGGUUUUGGAUUUGGUGGAGCGACGAUUCGAGGAGGAGAGGACGUAUUCAAAAUAUAGAGAGUAG